AAAUGUGUUCUGUUGAGUUGUUUCAUCGAGUCAGAUAGCGGAAAUAUUAAUUGUCACCUUAUAGCCAUGCUUUUUAAAAAUUUUAUCAUUUCUUGUUUACUUUGCUGCUCUUUUCAAGAAGACGAAUUCUUUAAAAAAGUACCAAGAAAUAUCGCUGUUACUCCCGAAACUAGUCACUUUAAUUUUGACUGUGAAGUUGUUGGCGAAGACGAAAAAGGAGUCGCAACAAGACAAGAUGUUUUCAUUAUGUCUAAAAGUAAAAUUAUAAAAGAGUAUCAAGCUUUUUAUGAAGCGAAUGGUACUAGUGUAAUUUAUACGAAGCCGGCUGAACAAUAUGUAAAUGAUACGUAUCACGACUGUAUUGUUUUUCCAUUUUCCAGAAGGGCAAGAGCUGUAUUUUCUGUUCUCUCUAAGUUUACUUGUAAUAUACCUGAAAAAGUACGAGAGGGGGAAAUUAUGACUGUUGACAUGACAAUUAAGUUUACUCAUUUUUCGCCUACUUCCAAAUGUAAUCUUGGAUUAGCAUCUAGUACUAAAUUAGACUAUGAUAAUAUUAAUAAUCAGGAGGAAAAACUUCAAGGGAAAGCAUCGUUUAAUCACACCGCUUCAGUGGUAAAAUCAAUGAACGGUCAAACAUUGAAAUGUGAAAUUUUUUAUGAUGAAAGUCAGGAUUCUUUAACCGAAGAAUUAGACCAUUUAAGAAAUAUACAGGAAAAAAUUGAUUCCAAUAAACAUUCCAUUGAUACAAAACAACCCAAGUUACUUGGGGCUAGUUUCCAAUGCGAGAGAAAAGUUGAGCUUGAAUAUGGAGCUCAGAAUAUAACAAUUUCUAUAGACGGAAUUAUUGCUUUGUGUGAAUAUGAUUCAUAUCCUAAAUCAUCAAAUAUUACGUGGAGUAUAAAACAGGAUGAAAAUAAUACAGAAAAAUUAUCAACAACAACAAAUGUACUGGAUAUCGAAAAAUAUCAAAAUAAAUACGUACAAAUUUCUUGCGAUGUACGUGUGGACUUUUACGAUGGAUCAUUUUCUAUAAAAUCCAGCGAGUAUAGUGAAAGAACCUAUGUUGGUAAGUUGUUGUAA